AUGUACGACAACGAACACCAGCAAAUACUAGAACAGCAGUUGCAACAACAACAGCAGCAGCAACAACAUCAGCAAGAGCAGGACCAACUACAGCUACAUGGUCAUCACGAUUCCCAACAACAUCAAUAUCUGGGACAACAACCACAAAUGUACCAUUCGUCACCUGUACCACAACAACAGCAACAGGAAUGUACACCAACACCAAGUUUACAACAUUAUAGACAUACAAAUGCCGCAAACUGUUCUCAAAAUCAAGACGAUAAUCAGAGUUUGUCGUCAAACAGCACUGAGCCUCAACAUAGUCCUAGCUCAAUGCAACUUCAAAUGAAACAAGAACAACAGUGUCGACAACCACAACCAUAUCCAGUAAAGAUAGAGGAGAAUCCCUGUUUUGUUAGUUCAGAUAACUUGAUGAAGGACGAUACCAUAGAUAACAAUAGAUGCAAUGAAUUUCCUGAUGAUUUUGAUUUUACACUUCAUCCAGCUUUCCCACAAUACAUGACCAAUGGAAGAGCCAAAGCUUUGAGCUUGCCCUCAUCUACAUCAAUCACGAAUGAGUACCAACAAAACAACUUUAACUAUAGAGAGUUACCAAGUAAUACAGAGUACUUGGGUGACGAAGUUGCUCCAUUUGCCACAACUACUGAUGCUGCCACCGUUAUCAACUACAAUCAGUUGGAGGGUGACUUGCCUAUACUGGCACAUGACGUCGAUGGUAAUCAAUUUCAACAACAAAGCUUCAUUGGAAAUGGAGCUAUGGUAUUUAAUGGUGGUGCUCAGAAUGGGUUCGAGUCCAAUAUGGUAAACAAUGGAAUUCAAGAACAAGAGUUUGCUCGUGUGUCACCAAAUACUCCCUUGGGAUCACCAUUAACGGUACAAACAACACCUACCAGCAGCAAAGUUACAAGCCAAAACAACGGAAACUUUGUCUCAAACUUAGCUGGUGUCAACAGUUGCAACCAACAAGGUGAUCUCUCGAGCAACGGAAGCUUGGAUGAAGAAUCAAACAAUAGUUUCCAAGCUCAUACACCAACUGGUAAUGAAUUCAACAUGUCCACUUCAUCAGUAUCAUCAGCGUCUGCAUUAUCAGCCACCCAACAUAAUGGUAUUGCAACAAUAACCAAAGCUAGAUUACAAAAUUUCACCAUCAAUCGCAGCAACAGCGUGUCGCCUUCGUUAUCACCAUUGAACAACGAAUCGAGACAGUUGUCCGCGACCCCAUCAGCUUUACCACCAUCAUUAUCAUCGAGAGCACAAUCAACCACUAGACAAAAAAGAAGGAAAUUGCCAGCUGGCAAUAGCAAAGACAUCAAGCAAGAAGGUGAUUCCACAACAUCAACACUCAACUCAUUUCGUUCAACUCAAGAUGCACCACCAACUGUGCCUAGCCCAGGAAACACCUAUACCCUGGCAAUUAACACUAUUCCUCCUCCUCCUCCUCCACCACCAGCAACAAGUACAACAAUUACAGCUUCCAGUGCAAGUCUUUUGAGAAGAGGUCAUAUUGGUCGUCCAAGAGUCAAGUCAGCCCAUAAUGUAAUUGAACAAAGGUAUCGUAAUAAAAUCAACAAUAAAUUUAAUGCAUUACAAGAAUCAGUACCUACUUUGAAGGUGUUGCUAUUACGCAAGAUACAAGAAAAGCAACGUCAAUUACUUCAACGACAAAAUGGGGACCUUGAUGUUAGUAGCUGCAAUGGUGCUGCAUCUGCUGCUGCUGCAGGUGAUGAGAGUUUAUCGGAUAACGACGAUAUAAAUAACUUUGAUGGAAUGGAUUUGCUGAUUCUUGAUGAUAAGGAAAUAGAACAGAUAGAUUUGGAAGGUUUGGAACCAGCAAGGAAAUUGAACAAGGGCACAAUUUUGGCUAAAUCUAUCGAGUAUAUCAAAUUUCUUGAAUCAAAGAAUGACAAAUUGAAACAGGAUAACGAAGCAUUAUUGGAGAAAGCAAAGAUGUUGGGUGUUGAUUUUGAUGAAGAAGAAGUUAAGGAAUCAAAAAUGGAGUAG